CGCACGCUUAUCUGAUCGAUCUCCCUGCCACUGAACCUCGCUCUUCUUCUUUUUGCGCCGAACCUCAAUCGGGAUCCGCGUUGCACCCCUGAACUCGCGCCCCAGUUUUUAUUUUUUCUCGCUCUCUUUCAACGUCGAAUCCCUCCCCCCCCCCCCGGACCAUCGACUACCUUUAGGCUCAGUAUUUAAAUUGGCCCUCUCUCGCUGCCCGCGACUCGAUCGCAGAACCCCGUCGCCUCCGAAUCCUGCGAACAAGCGGCACAACUUCUUGUUCAGCGCCCACUAUGGACGUCGUGCUGGAGCUCACCGACACCUUCAUCGCCGACCACGUCUACGCCUGGCUGUUCCCUCUGCAGCCGGCGCCGUACGACUACCCCAAGGCAACGGCGACCAAUUCCUCGGCCCAGGCCUUUUCAUCAUGGACCUACAAGCCCGCGACGCAGUACUUCCAGGUCGAGCCCUACCAGGCCGCGUACAUGAGCUCCUUGCCCCGAGAUAACGUCUAUCGCCAGGCGGCCACGCUCUUCUUCAUUACAUGGAUCUUUGGCCUCAUUGUCUACUUCAUCUUCGCCACUCUCUCCUACGUCUUCAUCUUCGACAAGCGCACCAUGAAGCACCCCAAGUACAUCAAGAACCAGAUCUGGCUCGAAGUCAUCCAGACCAACAAGUCGAUGCCCUUCAUGUCUCUCCUGACGGCGCCCCUCUUCCUGCUCGAGGUCCGCGGCUACGGCAAGCUCUACGACACCACCGCCGAGGGCCCCGGCAUGUGGUAUAACAUCCUCCAGUUCCCGCUCUUCCUCGUCUUCACGGAUUUCUGGAUCUACUGGAUUCACCGAUACCUGCACCACCCGUCGGUCUACAAGCACCUGCACAAGCCUCACCACAAGUGGAUCAUGCCCACGCCCUACGCCAGCCACGCCUUCCAUCCGGUCGACGGCUUCGCCCAGUCGAUCCCCUACCACGUCUUCCCCUUCAUCUUCCCGCUGCAGAAGAUGGCGUACGUCUUCCUCUUUGUCUUUGUCAACUUCUGGACCAUCAUGAUCCACGACGGCGAGUACCUCACCAACAACCCGGUUGUCAACGGCGCCGCCUGCCACUCGCUGCACCACUCUCGCUUCGAGGUCAACUACGGCCAGUUCUUCACUGCCUUUGAUCGCCUGGGCGGCACCUACAAGAUGCCCGAGGCCUGGAUGUUCGAGAAGGAGGUCAAGAUGUCGCAGAAGAAGUGGAAGGACGAGGCCGAGGAGGUCGAUGCCACCGUCAAGGAGGUCGAGGGCUCCGACGACAGGACCUACGUGCCCGACACCAAGAAGAACAAAUAAGAAAAGGUGUCUGCGCCGGCACCAAUCAUUUUUAUAUAAUCUGCCGCCAAUACUU